UGUUUGUCACUGCGUGUGAUCCUGGCCACUUCAUCACGUUGCACGCAUCUGCCGCAAGGAAACGCUCGCAUCCCAUCGCACUCCACGCAGCCUGAGCUCUACCCAGUGCCUACGCUACAGCCAAUAUGAGCGCUGUCGAUUUGCGAAUUGACAGUAAAUACAAGAUCGGUAGGAAAAUCGGAUCUGGCUCGUUCGGAGAGGUUUAUUUAGGCCUUAACAUUAUUACCGGGCAGCAGGUUGCAAUAAAGCUGGAACCGAUCAAUACACGCCACCAGCAGCUGGAAUAUGAAUUUCGUGUUUACAGCAUUUUGAAAGGCAACAUUGGAAUCCCGACCAUUUGGUGGUUCGGGAAGACGGAGCAAUACACUGCAAUGGCAAUGGACUUGCUAGGGCCGUCACUAGAGGAUCUAUUUUGUUACUGUGGCCGAAAGUUUUCGCUGAAAACCGUCCUGCUGUUGGCAGACCAACUAAUUGCCCGGGUGGAGUACAUCCAUUCACGCUCGUUUUUACACAGAGACAUCAAACCGGAUAACUUUUUGAUGAAACGGCACAGCAAUCUUGUUACGAUGAUUGAUUUUGGGUUGGCGAAGAAGUAUCGCGACUUCAAGACCCAUGUACACAUUCCAUACCGCGAUAACAAGAAUUUGACGGGCACAGCACGGUAUGCUAGCAUUAAUACCCACAUUGGUAUUGAACAAUCGAGGCGUGAUGACUUGGAAUCAUUGGGUUAUGUGCUGCUCUACUUCUGCCGCGGCAGCUUGCCAUGGCAGGGCUUACAGGCCGAGACGAAGGAGGAAAAGUAUCAGCGUAUUCGUGACACGAAGAUUAAUACACCCCUUGAGGUGCUGUGCAAGGGCUUGCCAAAAGAGUUUGUCACGUACAUGUGCUACACUCGCCAGCUCGCUUUCACCGAGAAGCCAAACUACACCUUUUUGCGCAAGCUUUUCCGUGAUCUUUUGACGCGCCUUGGCUACCAGUACGAUUAUGUGUUCGAUUGGAUGCUGUUGAAAUAUAGAAAAAAGGCUGCCUCUGCCUCUCCAACAACCGCUACUGCCCUCUCGCCCAAUCCGUUUCCUGCCUCUGCGCAUCAGAGCGCAAGCACACCUUACCGUAGCACUCGGAGUGCCGCACCAGCCGCACCGGCGUACCACUCUCCAUACUAUUCAGUUUGCCCGCCGGCGUCUCCAGUGCUUAUGCGUAUGCGAUCCCCGGUCGUUCAACCCUCUGACGAUGUUAAUGUGAGCAACGAAACCGCCGCUUGUCUUUCCAAGCAUACUUUGUUGAAGCCGAUGAACCAUCCGUCUACCGCUGAGCGGUAAUUGAUGCACUGCUCUUUUAUACCGCAUUCAAACGCACGUCGAUUGAUGCCAACGUUUCUAUUUGACGGCAUGUACCGCUUAUUCACUGUUUUCGCAAGCUUCUGCUCAAACGUACACAAACUUCUGAAUUCUCACACUUACAUUUACACGCACGCACAUCCACUCUCACUUUCACACGCACACACAUACACUCACACACACACGCGUACACAAUAAACAUGCUUGCGCAUAGUCUCGUGUUAUGUCUCUUUUAAGUUGUUUGUCUGUUUAUUAUUUCAGUUGCAGCAAACGCCUUUUGACGCCAUUCUCUUCACUAUGUUCUCUCUUUUCUCACUUAGUCACUUUUAUUUCUUCUUUUACAAGGCGCGAAUGGAAUGAUACUCUGGCUCUAAAGCAAAAGGCUGCGCAGCCAGAAGACCAUUGGAAAGAAGACGCAACGCAAACACAAAAAACCCAAAAACUGUUUUGUAAGCAGGAAAGAACUCACUUAAUCUAGUAGAAAGGAUAAAUAUGGUGCUAAAAUGUUUGUCAA